GUGCAGGUCGGAGAGGCCGGGCUAGCCGAGCCCAUUGCGGGAGUAGCAGCAGCGGCCAGGCAGCAUCCAGCAGCGUGCCAAGCGGCCCAGCCCGUUGCUUUACUUUUGCUGCACCGACUUAGUCAUUAUGCCGAAGAGAAAGUCUCCUGAGAACACAGAGGGCAAAGAUGGAACCAAGCUAACUAAGCAGGAGCCCACAAGACGGUCGGCCAGAUUGUCAGCGAAACCUGUUCCACCAAAACCGGAGCCUAAACCAAGAAAAACAUCUGCUAAGAAAGAACCUGGAACAAAGAUUAGCAGAGGUGCUAAGGGGAAGAAGGAAGAAAAGCAGGAAGCUGGAAAGGAAGGUACUACACCAUCUGCAAAUGGUGACUCUAAAGCUGAAGAGAUCCACGUCUCUCGUUCAGCUGUUAAUGUCUCAGCCUGCAGAAGUCCCCCACCCAGCACACUGUCAGUAAAGGGGCAGAUUGAAACAGUGAGAGUUAAGGGUACAGUAGACAUUCCGCAUGUUUGCAGUGAAUAGAAUCAGAGAGUAGCGUGCUGUUUCUUACCAUGCACACGGGAGCCUGCAGGCACAGAGAACUGAAUCUAUAGAUAACAAGGGAGAAUGAAUUGUCAUGGAAAACUAGGGUCGAUUUCACGUACCUCUUGGGACAACUUUUAAAAGCUAUUUUUACCAAGUAUUUUGUAAAUGCUAAUUUUUUAGGACUCUAUUAGUCGGCAUAAAAUCUAUAUGAAGAUGGACAUUUUAUCCUCUUACAGUGAUACUUUUUUGGAAAUUUCCAUCAUCCUCAAGUCAAGUAAAUACCAAUUUAAUAUCGGAGCUGCGUGUGAAAUGGAUUCAGCAUUCCAUGCCCUUGCUUUAAAAAUUUAGUCCUGUGCAUACUGUGUUGUUUUUACUGUGCAUAUUUGAAUUUUUCAUGCAAUUUUUCUAGAGCAAUAAUCAGUGGUGCUUUUGUGCCUAGGUUUUAUGUGAUUUUAAUGAAGUAUGGAUAGUUGUGGCCACCUGCUGACUAUUUGUGGUUUAAAAUAAAAAGGUUUUCUUGUCUGCAAAAUA